AUGGCAGCUACAACCGCAGAGCUCGCACGAGAGCUCUCUACAAUCAUCACUUCACCCUAUCCGGUAUCGCUAGCCAAAUUGGCCGAAAUCUGCACAAAGUCUGACGCACUCACCGUCCGUGCCUGCAUCCGACAGCAUCCCCCGUGUGCUAUCGCCAAGCUCGCCUCGAGUCUCUACGACGCCCUUCCGGUGUGGCAGUGCUGCGUGAUUAUCUUCCGGUGUCUUUCCCAGUCACUUGAGUUCAAGAACGAACUCCUCUCCCGUAACCCCGGUCUAUUAGAUGCAGUGCUCACCAAGGCGAAUACAUCACAGCAAGAUUUCGACCAAUAUCAUGGGCUCUGCAUCCAGCUCCUGGCAGAUCCGUUGCCUGAAGGUGUACCGCUGCCCGCAAGCGUUCGGUCGUUCUUCCUGCGAGUGUUUGAGCAGGCAUCACGCAAACCGAACGUUCAGAACUUGAAGCCUAUCUACUACAUGCUCACUGGAGCUUGUCGUGGGUUCCUUGCCCUCCUACCACCUGAUGCAAGGAAGCUUUUUGAUGAGCAGCUGUGCCAUAUUCUCAAGGCGAAGGUUGCUUCGGAAAACUUCAUGCUAUUGUUGUGGUGUUUCGGUGUUGCAAUUCUCGCAGAACAUCCAGAGCUCAUCGCCGGUGCACAGGGAGGUCACCAGCGUGACAAGGACACUGUAGCGAACGUAGGACCUACCGUGGAAUGGACCACUGCCGCAGGUCGGAAGUUGUUCGAAUCUUCAAAUGCUUGCAAGAAGACUAUUCAUCUGGCCUGCUUGAGCGUAAUUUGGGCUAUCAGAGAUGGCUCUAAUGUCCCAGAUGAUGAAGCCUUAGAAGGCAUCAGGAUAGCGACCCGCGCCUUGCAACUGGUUGACACAAGACUGUUAGAACAAUGGGCUAAUGCGGACAUGAACGCGAUGAACACGGUCUCAAAGCUCUGGGAGAAGAUCCAGCGAUGUGACAUCAAGCCCGCCAUCCAGUGCGAGGUUCUGUACUUCUACGCUGUUGUAGCCGGAGCGAGUAAGCUGUCUCCGUCGAUGGUAGAAUUGUAUGAGGCAGCCCUGGUGAACAUGAAUGGCUGGGGUGCUACAGAUGUACAGAAAUCGCUGUCAUUCUCGCUGCCUUUGUUCGCAUGUACACCUAUCUCUGGCCUUCCUCUGCAAGACUGGCGAGGUCGCCUCAAAAAUGAAUUAGAGAACCAGGCUUCCUACCAACGGGACUCGCUCAUUCGAGCAGUUGGGCAGAUCUGCCAUGAUCUGGAGAGCCGAUGCGACACGAUUGAAGGCCCGCUCCGGGUGGAACGGGAAAGAACAACAGCACUCGAGGACGAGCUUUCGCGAUCCCACGCAUGUGUAGAGUCUCUUGAACAGAAACGGGUCGACGACAGUCUGUUUCUCGGAACCCUCGAAGCGGAGAAGAGUCGGCUGGAAAGAGAUAACGAGGAUCUUCAUGCUCGGCUUGAAAGCUUGCGGAUGGAGCUGGAGAAGUCGAAUUCGCAGGCGGACACUGCGCUUCAUGAAGCCGCGGAGGCUUACCAUUGCGGAGAGAUGCGUCUGAGGUCCGUCAUCCUCCAACAUGAGGAGAAUAUCGGGAACCAUGUGAAGGAGCAAGAAACUUUGCGCGAGAAGGCCGCUUCACUCGAGGAUGAGCUUGGUAAGCAGGAGGCGGAAAGGCACGAGCUCGCUGAUCAGUACAAUGAUCUUCAGACUCGUUUCGAGAAAGGACAAGACGCUUUGGAGAAUCAAAUGCAGACGAAUGUCCGGCUGGAGGAUCGUUGCAACGACCUCCAAGAUCGCCUACUUGAAGCCGAGCGCAAAUUGAAUGAAGGAAAGCAAUCUACUCUCCACAAAGAGGAGGAAAUGGCUCGAAUUGGGAGAGAAGCUGCUGCUCUGGAAAGUGAUCUGCAACAGACAAGAGCCGACUUGGCGACGACCACCGGAAGACUAGACGAUCUACAAGUUCGCCACCAUGAACUCGCCCAGUCUUCUACCAAAGCUCUGCAAGAGGUUGAGGCACAAUGUGAAAGCGAUCUUGAGGCCGCAGCUUCGAAAGCUGCUGAAGAGUACCAUCUUCUACAUCUCUCAAGUCUUGCGGGACGGCUCAACGCCAAAACGAUCGAAACCGCGGCCUUCGGUCAAGGACCUUUCGACGCGAACGUCACACCCCAUCCCUUCUACGAUAUCAAAGACCUUGUCAAAGAGGCCUAA